AUGACCCAAUCGAUCAGCGUCAUGAAUCUACCCGUCUACCUGUUGAGCAACUUUGAAACUAGAGACAAUCUUAAGUUCAGAGACUUUGUCGAAGAGCUGACCCUCAAUACUGUGGACGGAGAAGCCGGCUAUGAGUUGCACAAUGUCGCAUGGGCCGAGCUGAAGCACGUCUCAGCCUUCGUUACUAAGUCCUUCCCUGAACAAUCCCUGUGGAAGUCAAACAGGUGGGGAGAGAGCGGAGACACUGAUAUAAUUUUCCGAAAUGACCCUGACAUGGACGACGUCGGCGAUGAGCAGCUAUCAAAGGAGGAUGAGUCCCUUCAGUGGAAAGUCAGCCUGCUCCGAAGCAGAUUCAAGGACCUUUCGACGCAAGACCUUCUUCGAGUCCUCAAGCGUUGUAAUGGGAACGUGCAGGCCACCGUGGACUCGUUGUCCCUGCAGAACAUACAUGGUGUCUCACUGGAUGACUUGCCGGAAAUAUACCAGCAACAGGCUCUGGAACUCCACACAAGAUUUCCAUGGGCUUGUCUCGGCGAGAUUUACCGCCUCCUUCACGACCACCCUCUGGACGUGGGCUACGUUGGGGAGAUCCUACGAAGGCGCCCAGUUGUAAACCUCGGCUUCGUCGAGAAUUCGGAUCACAACAAUCAGUUCGCAACUCGUAUCUCGAUAAGAGACCACAUCACCUUCAUGGGCGAUGGCGAGCUGGCGGCGGUAUCCGAAAAGGUCGCUAGUGGCACCAUAUGCUUCCGCGUUGGCGAACAACAACAUCUCGGCGACUUUACUACCAUCCUUCGACCAGUCGAUCAAUCUAGCACAAGCAAAACAGACGCUCCAGCGGCCACGAGUCAGAGGAAGAAGGCACCAGGCAAGUUUGAUCCUCCAAGUCUACACGCAGACGCCUGUCGGUGGAACGAUUACAAACGCAUGCUUGACGAAGGAACACGAUUCGAAGAGCAAAAGUCAACAUUCCUGAUUCCACUCCCACACUGA